UGUUUCUCAUCAGCCUAACAAGAAUCAAAAUGUUUAAGUUAGCAGUUCUGUGUGCUUUCCUCGCUGUGGCUGCGGCCGAGCCUGGUUUUAUUGCGCCGUUCCCAUAUUCUUCUAAUAUACUAGCGCCAUCUACAGUGCUGUCAAGCUACCCUAGGAGUGUAGUUUAUUCAUCGCCCUACAUUUCAUCGGCACCUUUGGCUUACUCUGCACCUUUGAGCUACUCUCAUCUCAUCAAGAAACGGUCUGCACCUCUGGCUGUAAGCAGCUACAUCGCGCCCUCUGCAUACGUUACGCCCUCUUCAUUCGUCGCCCCCAGUGUAUACGCGUCUGCUCCUCUGGCCACUACAUACAACGCAGCUGCUCAAUUCGCUACCUAUGCUGCAGGUGCUCCUCUAGCGGCUACAUAUACUGCUGCUGCUCCCCUUACGACACAGCCUAUUUACUCUACCGCAGCGCACUUUAUUAAGAAGAGAUCAGCUCCUUUGAUCGUGCCUUCUUCAUACGUGAGUCCUUAUGCCGCCGCAGCAUCUUUCUACCCAUCGACCUACGUAGCGCCUGCUUCCUAUGUGUCGAGUCCUGUGAUUUCCUCCAGCCCAUACUUCUACAAUGCACAAUAUAUUAAGAAAUGAGCGACUUCACAUCUUGGCAAGGUAUACGGCUUUCCUGAUUUAAAAUGUAGUAUACCUUGAAGAUAUUAUGAACAUGAAAACUAGCUUGUUUGUAAUACUGUGACAAUAUGCAACAAAUAAAACAAACAAUAACAAAAA